AUGUCUUACUCCAAGAUCCUUCUCAUCUCCGCCGUUCUGGCCACCGUCGAGGCCCGCUUUGGCCAGGAGCAGGUCCCCGUUCAAGCCGUCUCUUCUCUGCAGGCUGGCAACCCCGGUGAAGCCGCCACUCUCGCUGGAGGUAUUCCGGGUGUCCUCCUCGCCGCCGCCGACCCCUGCGAUAAGUUGACCCUCGCCGACAAGAUUGCCGCCCUCGGUACCGGUGCCGACGUUCUCGACGCUGCCAAGGGUGUCGUUGCCGCCGAGCAGAACUUCAACCCCUUCGUCGUCAGCGUUCCCGCCAUCUGCGGCGACGCCUCUCUCCCCGCCACCGAGGCUCUCCGCGGCAUCGUGCCCCUCGUCGACCCGGCCGUCACCGGAUCCGAUGCCGAGAAUGCCAACUCGGCCACUUCGCUUCAGAACCCCUUUGAUGCCACUGGUCUGUCUGUGGCCGAGGUGAUGCAGGCUCAGGGCUUCUCCAACUUCACCAUCAAGGGCCAGGCUGCUGGUGGUGCUGCUGCCGGAGGCAAUGCCAACGCCGGCAACAACAACGGCAAUGCCAACACUGGUAACGCCAACAACAACCAGAACACCGGCAACAACGACAACAACAAUGCCGAUAAUGCCAAUGCCAACACCGGAAAUGCCAACGCUGGCAGCUCCUGCGGUGGUGCCGCCAGCGGAAACGCCGGCGCGAGCAACAACACCGGCAACGCCAACACUGGCAAUGCGAACAACAACAACAACCAGAACCAGAACAACGGCAAUAACAACGCCAACAACGGCAAUGCCAACACUGGAAACGCCGGUAACGCGAACAACGGUGGAGCUGCCACUGGUGCUGCUGACUUCGGAAAGUGCACUCCCACCAUUGACUUCCAGACCGGCCGUGCUGGCCGCAAGGCUGAUGAGGGAACCUUCCUGCCCACCGACGCCCUCGUCGCUCAGGGCCAGCAGGACGCUCUGAACCCCAACAUCAUCAUCAACCGCGUCUGCGAUCAGCUCACCAACGUCUGCGAGGCCAACGACGCCGCCAAGACCCAGUGCCUCGAUGCCAAGGCUCAGAUCUUGGCUUCCGGUGACAAGAGCGCUGAUGUUGCUACCACCUUCAAUGGUCUCCUCGGCUUCUAA